GGUGUGGAGAAAGCUGUAAUUGGAUCUGGGUGAUGCUGGGUGUACUGAAGUUCAUGAUAAUAAUACAUACAUGCUAUCUAUUGAAAAGGAAAAGGGCUGAAUUUCUGUGCUGUUAUGGGAAAGAAUGUUGAAGAAUAAGUUCCAAGGGCAGAGUUCUCGGCGUGUAUCUUGUAUCGCACAUAGAACAGAGCUGUUGUUAGACGGAGGGGCAGCUGGAGACUUUUCUGUAAUGUGAGAAGACGUCUAAAAAGGGCAGAACAUUUAUUGUGGUCUCGAAUAAAGGACGUAGAGCUUAGCAGGGUCCACUUAUAUCCAUAGGAAGGCACGCCAUCGAAAGAUCGGAAAACCCUUGAUCGUCCUGGAGUUAGGAAGAAGUUGUUUGAGUCAAGAUGAAGCGCUGCAGUUUGGCGGAUCUGAGGACCAUUGCAGGAGUCUGUGUGUUUCUGGGGGUGUGCGUCACAAUCGCUGCUCUCUGCUUAACUUUGGGAAAACCUCCAAAGAAAGCCUCAGAAUCCAAGCCUGUGUUCAGCACCGGAGGAGAUAUGUUAGACUACCUAAAGUCCAUUGGGCAGAUCUCAGCCAAGGAUGGGUUACAGGUCAGCUGGUAUCAUGCAGCCAAUAACAAGAGUGAGAUGCAGGAAGCCCUGAACAGUGGCAUCCUGGUUUUGGAAGCUGACGUCAAUGUCCAGGGUCAUGGGACGGUCAAUGAGACAAAUAUUCCCAUCAUGGCUCAUCCCCCUGACGUAUACAGUGACAAUACGCUGCAAGAAUGGCUGGACUCUGUACUGCUUUCCUCUAAAGGCAUCAAGCUGGACUUCAAGAGCAUCCAAGCUGUCAGCCCGUCACUUGACAUCCUGCUGAAAAAGUCAUCAGAGAUGAACAUCAACCGCCCCGUGUGGAUGAACGCGGACAUCGUGCCUGGACCCAACGUCAACCAUGAGCUGGGAGUCAAUGCCACACAGUUUCUGAGGUUAAUCCAGGAGAAGUUCCCAGAUAUCACCAUUUCCCCUGGCUGGGUAACGCUGUACCUGCCACCAAUUAUCACCAACCGGACUUACACCAGAGAAAUGAUUGUAAGGAUGUACGAUCUAGUGAAGGGUCUUCCCCAGAGAAUCACCUUCCCAGCUCGAGCUGUCCUGACCCGCUCUGCUUGGCCUCACUUCGACUGGCUACUGCAGCAGUCUGACCGGUACACCCUCACUUUAUGGCAAGGCAAAUCGGACCCACUUACCCUAGAGGACCUGUUGUUUAUCCGAGAUAACAGCGACCCUGAGAAGAUCUAUUAUGACAUUUAUGAGCCUCUCUUAUCGGAAUUUAAACAGAUAGCAAUGAGUACAAACAGGAAGAAAUUGUUCUAUUCCGGUGGCAGUUUGCGGAUGUAUUUCCACCCUGAGGAUGAUGAUGGAAUUCUUGUGCAAUGGUUCGACGCUGAAGGUGACUUAUCAUCUGUGCGGAGCCUUCUACAAAAUAGCUUUGGAAUGCUCACAUUUCAAGUUGACGUUCAGUCAUCAACUCUUACGCCAGUGGCAGUGGUUGCCCAGUCAUCUUCUACGCUUCUGCUGGAAGACUGUCUAAAGCUGGUAGCUGCCGCCGCUAACCCAUGGGGUGUCUAUUUGAAACCUAAAGAUCAUGUUUCUCUCAAUGAGACCUUGCAUCUACUGAAUAGACUGAACAGUGACAAACUGCUGUAUGUUCCAGUGUGGAUCAGCAUGGAGCUAUCUUAUGGCAGUUUCACCACACCAGGAUACAUCAAAGGAGAAGAUUUCAUCAACAGCAUCAACAACAUCUUCCCAGCAGUCACCAUUGCUCCUAGAUGGCCUCCAGAGAAGCUGGAUAAUGGAUACACAGACCAGAUGGUGCAGGAUAUGCUAAAGCUCUUUGAUGGGGUAUGGCAGGAUGUGUCCUUCCAACUGCAGGCCGUGGCUCUUGGCAAGGCUUGGCUAAGCACUGUCCAUCUUUUGAAAGCCUCACCUACCUACACGCUAACAGUGGAACAUACUAAAGACCAGGGGGCAUUCAUGGAAGGUUACCACGGCCUAGUGACCAUCAGAACACAUACCACAAAUGGAGUUUAUUACAAACUACCUCCAGAUUAUCGCUCUUCCCUCAUGACAAGUAUUUACUCCACAUAGAAGAAAUGUUUCAAUAUCUACAAUGGGCGCACAAUUUUGUGGGAAUGGCUGGCAUU